AUCGCGUCAGAGAGCUUCACACGACAGACUUCGCUGCCCGCCGCCCGUUGCGCAUUCCAACUCUCAAAGUCUACUCCCUGGCACCUGCACCCUGCACCUCUGCACGUCAAGGAAGCCGUUGGCCGGUCCAUCGAUAAGGAGCGUACAGGGGGGGCGCGUGUCUGGCUUUUCAAAGUCUACAUAAUCAUCAUGUCGUCCGCCGCGCCUGCGCCUGCGCCUACGCAACCCACUCCUCUGUACUCAUACGACGCUGAGAACGACGCCGACCGAUACGAAAGCGACGAAGCCUUGGAAAAGCGCUUCCAAGACAGCAUCGGAUACACACUAGCCACCGAAGGAGGUGCCAAUUCAGACAUGGGUGCCGCUGGGACGCUACAGAUCUGGCCUAAACUGCACAUGGAGCCAUACCAGAACAUGCCCGACCUGGACAAAGCCCGCUUCAACCGCCUGCCGAGCGACCACACCGAUCCUUUCCUCACACAGCCUGCCAGACGACGACCGACUCUACACGCUGCUGCCAGCCAGCCAGACUUGUAUUCCUCGUCUCGCAAGAACGACAUCAGGACUGACGCUGCUCAACCUCCGCCAAUUCCGCAAGCCCACCAACGCAGCCACAGGGUCGACUUUUCAAGGCUUUUCUCAAGACACAAAUCAAAGAACAAGGAAAAGGAAAAGGACAAGACUCCAAGGCCUGUACAGACACAGGUUCCCACUCGCGCACCUGCACAUGUAGUACCCUCAUCUGCUCUGCCUCUACCUCCGCCACCGCCGCCGCCCGUCUCGACCCGCUCUCGCCAGGACAGUGAUCUCUCGUCUGUUCGACCUGCUUCGGCCGGUACUGCCAGUCAUCGCACUCAGGCCACUGCCUUUGAACGUAACGCAACCGAAAAUGCCAAAAUCAACGUGCGCAGGCCGCCAAAGGGUAUCAAGCAUUGGUUCGAAGGUCUGGACUCGUCCGACGAUGACUUGCCUGAAGUCGUGACUCCUGCCGAAACCAUCCACCAAUCUGCCUUCAACCCGGCGCUUGGUCCUGGAAGAUCGAGGGCUGCCCCUACCUCGCGUGUCACUCCAAAUUGCGAAGGAUCAUCUUCCGACUAUUUCCACUACCAGAGCUCCACGCACCAGGCAUAUUCGCAGAAUCAGAAUCUACAGGAACGCAGUAUGCUGAACCUUUCAUCCGAUGAAGAGGACGACCGUUCGGAACCUCCGUCACCACCUCGAUGGGUAGAUCACUCGGCCAAUGGAAACGAACACGCAUCCGACUCGUUGAACUGGAGCAAAACGGCUGCCACCAGGCAAUCAACAUUCAGCAUGCAAACAACCAUGACCUCUGGAUCUAUCCCGAUUAUCAACGCCGACAACCUGGAGAUGGCUUACCGAACCCCUCUACCUCCACUUCCUGCUCAGUAUCAACAAUACUCGGACGUCAGUGCUGUGCCGGCUCCUCUACGCAAACAGAAGUCUUAUCAUUUCUCAUCUCCUGGACGUACGCGAGCGACAAGCACUGCAUCAACUAUGCAAAGUGGCAACAGUGCCUCCACCACUGGACAAUCCCAUGUUAUGGCUGUCACUCAAGAGGAGAUGGCUCUUUUGGAAAUGAUGCGCCGCAAGAGAGCCGAGAUGCAGACUUCCUCCAGCCAUCCUGCACGAAGACACGACUCAUCCAGUCAACCCUCUCAAUACGAUCGCAAGAACUCUGUCAUCAGAAGCACCGCUUCGUCGACCUUUUCACGAGGCAGUGCCAUGAGCGUUGGAAUGAUGCUUGAUGCUCCUGAAGGCGCCGCUUUCCCUGCCCCUCCUAGCAACAGGAUUGUUCACGAAACACAAGAUAUGAACUAUUUCACCCUUGACGAUAAACGCUACCACAGGUCAUCAGACAUGUCGACACCACAUUCAUGCAUAUUAGCCGAACUAGAAGCUCCAACCGAGCAAUUGCAAGCUCUCUGCUUCCAGCAACCUACCAAGUCUGCAAACUCGAGUCAAAACAAGCUCGUCCCGUUUGAGAACACUGCGGACCCUUACCGUCUGGCUCCGGAUCUUGAGCUCUCUUCCCUCGACCUUUUGCCGCUUCCUGCACGCACUUAUUCUCCAUCUUUGACCGGUACUUGCAGUUCUGCCAUGACUCCCGAGUUCAGCACUCACGGUACGACUAGCUUCAACGUUGCUGGUAGCGAUAGCGAGACCAGCAGCGAGGCCGACAGAUAUCGUAACAGUGUCAAGACUAUUGACAGCGCUGACUUGGAUGUUCUCACCGCAUGGGGACGUCUGGGCGGUCAGUAGAUUGUCUUUUAUCUCUUUUUUAUUUCUCUUUUGUACAUAUGUUCACCUCGAACCUAUUUGUUUAUUCUUCUCACGAGAUCAUGAUCAAAAUCUGGAUAUUUUGGGGUCAGUCUUAAUGCAGACACGGA